AUGGCAGACGCCGCACAGAUCGUUCUCAACGAUACCUUGGGUGCAGCUUUUAUCGGAGUUGUGGUCUCUGGAUGUCUUUUUGGAGUUUCUUGCAUUCAAGCCUGGUACUACUUCACACACCAAAGCGACCGAUGGCCCCUCAAGACUCUGGUUGCGGCCGUAAUGGUUUCCGACACGAUACAUCAAGCCCUUAUAUCUCAUACCGUUUACGCAUAUACCAUCACGAAUUGGGGCAAUCAGAGUUUCCUUGGCGAAAUCCCUCGGUACAUAGUCUUAUGCUCCUAUCCUCCACACCCGCUUACCGACUCUGGGUAUAGAACGCUGGUGGUUCAAGUUCUGUUUAGCGGAUUGACAGCGUUCAUGGUUCAAUGUUUCCUGGCAUCGCGCAUUUGGCGACUAAGCGAUCGAAAAGGAUGGCUCAUCGCUAUCAUCGUUUUACUCAUUGUGGGGGAGUUCGGAGCCAUUUUAGGUCCGCCAAUGCGCCCUUCUAUUAUAAUUCAGUUGCUCACCGAACAGAAAAAAAUAGCUUAUACAAUCAUAUCGCUACAGUUCCACACCUUCUCUGAAGUCACACGCUUAAAGGGGCUAUCUCUAUCAGUUAAUUCUCUAGCGGCAAUUGGUGACGUUUUCAUCGCGGGGUCUCUGUGCACGAUCCUGUAUCGCUCUCGCACUGGUUUCCAUCGAUCGGAUACGAUCAUUACAAAACUCAUAAUCUUCUCCGUGAAUACGGGUCUUCUCACAAGUGUUUGUGCAUUAGGAUCCCUGGUUUCUAUUCUUGCCUGGCCGACAACGUUCAUCUACAUCGCAUUUUACUUCUGCAUAGGACGUCUCUACACAAACUCUCUCCUGGCCACGCUUAACGCGCGGAAGAAGCUUCGUGAGCUGUCUGAUGGGAUUCAAAACACUAGUGCAAUGGAAAACGUCAGCGUAUCCCUUCAAUCAUUGGGAAGAGGCCAUGCCAGUGAUUUUUCGUCUAGCCAGCAACGGCAGAACAUCUCAAUCAAGAUCGACACGAAGAAAGAGUUCGCAACGGAUUCCGGGGAUGAUAUUGAGAAGCUUUCGGUAGUGAAUAUGGUGUGUCGGAUGCCUCUACAUCCGUGA